AAUUAAAUUCAAUGACUUUAUGAAUGAGUCAUUAUUUCACCGAGAAUUUUAAAACACUCAAAUCAAAAUGAGCACGAAGAUCGUGCAGUGAGCGGUGAUUCACUAUACGAUUAGCCGCAGUUCUUUUGUUUUAACCACAUGGUCUGCGAGUGUGACAACACAAAAGAAUAGACUUAUUAGUGCGUAAUUAAAAACAAUAUAGAAAAUGGCGUCCUCUCGCAAAAAACAAGAUGAGAAAAAUUUAAAACUUCUGCGAGAUUUAGCAUCUUUACCGCAUAAUAAAUACUGUUUCGACUGCAAUCAAAGAGGACCUACAUACGUAAAUGUGACAAUUGGUUCUUUCGUGUGCACAAAAUGCUCCGGAUUACUAAGAGGUUUAACCCCACCACAUCGGGUAAAAUCCAUAUCUAUGGCUUCCUUUACACAAGGAGAGAUGGAUGUACUUCGAAUGACUGGUAAUAAGUAUUGCAGAAGUACGUGGCUGGGGUUAUAUGAAGGGGACAGCCUGACAAAUAGAGAUGAGCAAAUGACCCGCGACUUUAUGGUAGAAAAAUACGAACUGAAGCGAUAUUAUAUGGACGCUCCUCUUCCGACAACGACAAUUACAAAUGGCUUUGAAACAGCUCCUCAAUCGGUCGUCGUUAGUAAACCACAAGAACCAAAGUAUAAAACGCAUGUCCCACUGCAUCCAAUAAAUGGAUUGAUUAGUGAUAAAAAGAGUAAAAAUGUGAAUGGAUUCGAUUUUGUAGCCGAUUUUGGAAGUGCCGAUAUUUACAAUGCUGUCAGUGUGGAAAAAGAUAAAAAAAAUAAUAAUACCAGUGAUAUCCAAAUGGCCUUUGCAAACUUUGAUAACAAUACUGCCUUUAACAGUAACGGUGCCUUGACAUUUAACGGUAGUACUAAUACGCAAUUAAAUCAAAAUGGACCUUUGCCGCCAGCUGUAGAUCGAUAUGCCGCCUUAAAAGAUUUAGACAAUGCUUUUAAAAGUCAACCACAAUUAGAUUGGAGUUCAGGAUCAAAUAAUUCCUCUUCCGUUACUCCUAGCUCAGUGUACAGUUCUCCUUCUCCUCAAUCAACUAUGUUUAAUUCACCUAGUCAAGAUCUAUUCGUAAGUCCAUUUACACAGUCAGAUACAUCCAAAGUUUUUAAUCCGUUUAAUGGUAAUGUAACUUGGGGCGAAUCUCUAGAACAAUCGAAUCCGUGUAAUAGUAAUCCAUUUCGAACAACGAACAUAAAAGCUAACACAUCCGAUUUUUUCACGUCCGCUUUUCCGUCUAGUAACGGUAGUGGGUGGUCCAAUCCGUUCACGACAGGGUCGUCGACCGCCAACGAAUUUUCUAGUAACCCAUUUUUAUGAGCAACCAGUGACUAAGUGGUAUAUCGAGCUUUCCUCGUGCCUUCUCAAUUAAAUUCGUAAAUAUGGCUGUCCAAUUAGAACAAUUUAUUUUUUGACCAUUUAUAUUAAUAGUAAGUUUUUGUUGCUUCUUAGUAACAGUUAAUGUUUAUUGUUUUUAUUUAUUUAGUAAUAUUAUCACUAUUAUUACCUUAAAGACUGGAUUAUUCAUUAACUUCUCACGAAUUUAAGUUUAUAAAAAACCUCUAUUUAUUUUCCCAAAAAUGUAUAAAAUAAACCCCUUAUUUUACGAAUUUUAAAUGAAUUACUAUUUUAUAAUUUGCUCAAAAAAGAUGUGCAAGACACUAUUUUUUUAAAUGGGGCCUUAAUUGCUAAUUAAUGUGAUAACACGUUGCUCACAACGAUAAUUAGAGGCUGUACUAAAUGUUUUAGAUAUUAGCUCAUUAGAUGAUUUGAUGAUGAUGACUUCCUGGCUCGCUAAGUGAAAACUUCAAAUCAGCUGAACUACCAUUAUAUAUUGAACGCACAACCCAGUUUUAACGCCUUUGAAAAGAUUGUCAGCCAUUUAUCUUGAGUAGUUUGAUCAAAAGUGGUCAAUUCUGUACUUCCACAAACUCCAAUUACACCCAUUUCACAGUUUCUCCCAAUUUGUAUACUGAGGAAUUUCUUUUAAACAUGUCACAUCAAAGCAUUAUAGAUUUUAGGUAGUCUGUCACACAUUUGUUUCCUUUGUGAACUUUAUAGCACUUGCUAAUGAUAUUGUAGUAGAAAUGUCCACGAUGGAUAAAAUUCUGAAUAUCAUUUGUUAAUAGAUGCUAUUUGAUUAAUUGUCUAAUGCUUUGUCACAAGGAUGCAUAGGAGAAUUAUACAGGGAAUUUUUCUUAAAUUUAUACAUAUGGUCUAUGUAUACGUUAAUAAAAAAAAACAUGCCAAUGCAUGGAAUAGAUGGCUGUAGGCAGUGGCGGCGCGUAGUGGUGUGUCUUGGGGGUGCACAAUUAAAAAAAAGGGCCUAUUAAAUUGCAUAAAAAAGCUUAUUGAUGAGACCUCUAAAUACUCCAGGGAUUAUUGAAUUUUCUCGUUUGUUAUCGCUGCGGAGAGCAAGUUCAAAAGCACCACAAAAUUUUAUACGGUCUAUAAUUUUGGAUAAAACAUACCUGUUCUUUUUUACUUCCUCAUUACGUUUUUUGAUACUCAAACGAUAAUUAUGCACUAUUUAACUGUUGCCGUAUGUACCUAUAUCUUGCUUACCUAAUAAAUUAAAUUUCAAUUUAGCAGAUAUAGGUAUGUGCCUUUGAAGAUUCAUAUUUUUUAAUUUUUUCGGAUAAAUGCACUAAGUCUGUAACGCCAUUCUUUGUCCAUUCUGAAUAUUCUGAUGCCUCAUCACCGAGCUCAUCACCAAACAACAAACACGGAAAACAAUACAGACUAUUGUUAAAGGUACAACCGCAUAACCAGUCAGUUUUUUCAUACAUGUCUAUUGUAAGCGAUCGUUUAUAAUCCCAACUUUCUUUAUUGAUUUUCGAUAUUUCCAAACUCGGUUUUGGGCGACCCGCAUUUUUUAUUUUAAUUUGAUCUUCUAAUUUUAGUAAAUGAAAUUUAAUAAUUGUCUUUAAAUAAUGAACGGUAACGUCGGAACGUUACUUUUUAAAACCGAAACGAGCAACAAGCCCGACUUCGUAGUCCGGCGAAUACUGUUCACAUUGAGAGUGUGCUCUUACUAUAGUUUACAACUUGGACACUCGCUGGGCGCACGGGCAAAGGCGACGUAGCGUUUGAACGAAUCAGAGAUGGUAGCUAAUUGUGCACUGCACGCAAAGUCGGAAUGGGAAUACACGUUCAGCAGUGUGUCAGUGUACUUAGGUUUUGCAUUUCAGAUAAGAUAAGUGAACUAUUUUUAUUGCGAGAUACGAAGUGCAAGAAUGUUAAAUACAUAAAUAAAAUUUGUUGUUUUCUUUUUUUUUUUUAAAUGAUUUUUGGGAGUACACGUGCUGAUGUGCACUUAUUGAGAAACCGCCACUGGCUGUAGGCAACCAACAUUACACGCGACAAACCACGUUAACACUUUUAUGAAACAAAUCGCAAACCGAAACAGUCAAUCAGAGAAGACAAAGGCUAAUUUUUAGGUUAAAAUAAACUUGACCGCAUGAUCACGUCUCUUGCGUUCCUCCUGCACUCUCUUUUGUAAUAAAAAACGAUACCUUCUCUUCACUUUUUGGUGGACCAAUAAACGAAUGCUUUAGGUUUAGAGCAAAACGAGUGAUCAAUAUGUAUACAUUUAAGAAAAAUUCCCUGCAUUCUCGUAAAAUAAUCUCUCUGUAUAUGAAAUAAGUGAUGUAAUUCAUUUUCUCCUUGCAAUGUGAUAUGCUAGAAAUAACAAUUUUCGCUGUGAAUUUUUUGUAUAAGAUUUGUAAUGCUGGUUAAAUGUUUAGUGUCUGUGAUUUUCAGGGCGGGUAGGAACUUAUGUGCAAUUACUGCUGUAAUGGGUCAUAGGUUUUUCCGCUUAAAUGAACAAAUUAUACUCCAACUGAUGAAGAAAAUGUUGUUGAAGUAGCACGAUGAAGUAUAAUUUGAAAAUCCAUUUAAUUCUGAAUUCUGAUUUUAUUGUAAUUUUUCUACCGUGGCAUUUUUUUAGGAAAUGAUUUGAACAAAACUAGAAACUUUUGUUAAAUCAACAAAAUGAACAUGCUGGAUUGUGCUCUUCUCCAUGACUAUGCCAUAAUAGUUUCAUUAACUAUUCAGUCAGGUUUGUGGUGAGAUGUGCCAUAUUUUUUUUGUAAAUUAAAAAUAUAGCUUAAGAUUAUAAAUCAAAGGGCUAUGGUUCUGGUAUUUUCUACAUACAAAUAAAGAAGUACUGCUCCAGAUUAUAAUUUUUUCAGCAAAAUGACUUGAAUAAAAACUAGCAUUUGUAAGAUGAAAAUAACAAAAGUUGUGAUGCAUUAUAAUCACCCAAUUCAUUAGCGCGUUACAAAGCGCUAAUUUUCUUGAAAUGGAAAUUGCAAUUGUAAUUGUUUUAAUCAAAAGUCAUUUAUCAAAUAAGUAAACAAGCUAUCCAAAGAAAACUGGAUAUUUGGGAUAUGUUUUACCAUUUACCAACAUAAGUAAUUUAAGAAAUCUUAACAGAAGGCACUACCAACUUUGGGGAUACUUUUAAAGAGACUAAUAAUUGCUUAGUGAGCAAAGAUAAGAGAAAGUCAAAUAUAGUAGAAUUUAAAAUAUAAGAUAGUAAUUCAUUUACUUUUCUCUUUAUGACUCUCUAUAUGUAUAUAUUGCAGAAAUUUGAAAACGAAAAGUUACAAUCACAGCCUUUGUGUAAUAUGACAAAUAUUGUUUAUUGUCGGGUUAAUUUUUGCUUGAAUUAUUUGAUUUGUUAUACAACAAACAAAUAUGCUUUUACUGUAAUAGUAAAUGUAGAUGGCUAAAGCA